AUGAGAGCCAAAAAAUUGAAGGUAAUUGAUGAUAAGGAACUACAGAAAUUGAAAAAGGAAUCCAAAUGUUGCAUUUUUAUAAACGAUUUGGUAUAUGAUGUCAGUUCAUUUUAUGAACACCCAGGUGGGGUAGAAGUUUUACAAGAAUACAAUGGAAAGGACGCAACGGAAGCCUUUAAACAAAUAGGACAUUCUAAAAGCGCUCAAAAACUGAUGAAGACAUAUUUAAUUGGGAUAAAGAAGAAUUCGACACUGUAUAAGAAAAAGAUAAGUACGAAAACUGUGGAGGAUAAAACCGAAUAUUUGGAAUAUUCCGAGGCAGAGGUAGAAGACGCGACGCAAGCGAAUGGAGAAAUAACUAAACAGGUGAAGACCCCCGAGGAAGAAAAAAUCAACUACCCCUUAGUGGCAUCCGUAAUCUUUCUCUUUAGCAUCAUAUACUAUUUUAUGUUUUUGAAAAAAUAA